CCCCGGAAACCGGAAAGGGAAAAAAAAAAAUCCAAGUGCAACCCCGCCCUCAAAACCCUUCAAUUUCCACCCAAAACCCGCCCCGCCCGCCGCCGUGACGUCACGCGCUCCGCCGCUCAGUGCGACGUGUCCCUCGGCCGGCGGCUGAAAGGGACAAUUUUCCAUAUUUUUUUCUUCAGCAGUCAGAAAUAGACCCUCAUGUUUAUUUACUGAAACAAUAUCUUCAUUUCCUGCAAAGUGGAAGUAUCUUAGGUUGGAAUGCAACACUUCUCUUAAGCCUUUAACAAAUUUUGUAGGCAAUCAUGGAUCAGGUAAUGCAAUUCGUGGAACCCAGCCGUCAGUUUGUAAAAGAUUCCAUACGACUUGUUAAGAGAUGCACCAAGCCUGACAGGAAAGAGUUCCAGAAGAUUGCCAUGGCAACAGCAAUAGGCUUUGCGAUAAUGGGAUUUAUUGGUUUCUUUGUCAAAUUGAUCCAUAUCCCAAUCAACAAUAUAAUUGUAGGUGGCUGAAUAUUCAUCAUGAAGAAGACAGUUGUGACACCUGCUGCAGUGAAUUCACAGCUUUAAUUUGUUUGAUAUUAAACAAGCUCAGUUUGCAUUUUCAA